AUUUCUGCUAUAAUGAAGAGAGUAGGAAUACAAGAUGAGUCUGAAUAUAAAGAGCCUUUGCUAAAUGAUGAAAAAUUUAAGGAAUGCAAUUUUUUGUUCACAAAUAUUAGUCCAUUGAUUGAACUCAUAAAUAGGAAAUCAGAUCAACUUGAGAAUUCAGAUUUGUAAUACUUCUUGGAGCCGAAUUUAAAACCUCAAAAGGCAAUAGAUUUGGUUGAAAGGUAUAAAGUAACUUAAUCAUAGAAUAUAAAUGGAAGAAUUAGAGAGAAGAAAAAGAAAUAAUAUUAGUUUAGAGAGAGAAUAUCAAACUCCAACAUUUUAUAUUUUUAAAUCAUUAUUUCUUGGAAAAUUUUCAUUUAUUGGAUUGUUAACAUUUACAGAUAAAGCAAUAUAGAUUGGAUCGGUAUAUCUGUUAGAUUUAGUUACUGAUUCGAUCAAGGAUUAUAAUCUUCCAGAAGAAAAUCAUUAGAUUUUAAAACCAAUUUUGUUAUUACUGACAAUGACAAUUGUCUAUACAUUUGGGACAUACAUAGAAUCAAUAUCAAACAAUUAUUAAAAUUAAUUUACAACAUUAUUAAAAAUAGUUGGGCAAUAUUUGAUAUAUUAGAAAGCUUUAAGAACAAAAUACCUUUAGGAGACUGUAUAAAAAGAAAAGACAGAUAAAAAGGAUGGAGAUGAGGAAUAUGUAGCAAAUGUAAAUAAUUUGUUAACAGUUGAUAUUGAAGAACUUUCUGGUAUAUAUUGGGGUGUAUUUGGAUGUAAUAAAUAUAGAUUUAAUAAUAGUAUCUUCAUCUUUGAUCACAAUCGGUUUAGCAUUGUAUAUGUUAUACCUGAAAUUAGGGAAUGCUAUAUGGACUGGAUUGAUAGUACUAGUUUGUGUUGUUAUUUUUAAUUCAUUUACAACGACAUUGACAAUUGUAAAAAAUUAAAUAUUAUUUAAGAUGUUUUAUCGAAAGGCUUUAGUCUAGAAAGAUAGUAGAUUAGCAUUGUCAUCUGAUGUAAUAGAGGGUAUGAAAUAGAUAAAAUAUUUAUCUUGGGAAUAAACAUUUAACGAUAAAAUAUUGGCGAUUAGAAAAAAAGAGUUUGGAUUUAUAAGAUGGUAGAAAACAAUCGAUAUUAUAAAUAAUGUUUAAUGGAGCAGUAUAAGUUAUAUAUUACUGUACUUUUUUUUGUCCAGUUAUGUAGAGAAAAAUGGAGAGGAUGCAUUGAAAUCAACAAAUGUUUUCACAAUAAUUGCUUUAUUUAAUUUAUUAACAUUUCCUUUGGGAGUGAUUCCUUAUUCAGUUAAUUAGUUAAUAAAUACUACUGUAUCUUAUAAGCGUAUAAAGACAUAUUUGGAUCUUAAAGAAAUAAAUGAGGAAGAAAUAAUAAGGUAUAAAAAUAGUAUAGGAGAGGAGUAUGUGAUAGAAAUUCCUUAGAUAGCUUUCAAAUGGCCAUCAAAAGGACAGAACUCUGAAGAGAAUGAAACCUUCUAAUUGAGGUUAGCAGAAUUGAAAAUAAAAAAGAAUACAUUGAAUAUGCUAAUUGGAAGAAUAGGAUGUGGGAAGACAGCGUUAUUAAAUGCGAUUUUAAAUGAAAUGGAUGUAAAAGAACAGAAUUAAGAUAGUUUGAAAGUGAAGGGAAGUUUAGCUUAUGUGAGUUAAAAUCAUUGGUUGUAAAAUAUGUCAAUAAGAGAUAACAUUUUAUUUGGUAAGCCUUAUGAUAAAGAAAUGUAUAAGAAAUGUAUAGAAGCAUGUGAUUUAAUGCCAGAUUUGCUUACAUUUCCAAAAAGGGAUUAAUAUAUUCUGGGUCCAGAUGCAAAGAAUAUAAGUGGUGGAUAAAAGCAAAGAAUCUCAUUAUGUAGAGCUUUAUAUUAAAAUUGUGAUAUCUACUUAAUGGAUGAUAUAUUCUCUUCAUUAGAUAUGCAUGUUGCUGAUAAUGUGUUUAAUAAAGGAAUUAAACAAAUGUUAUUAGAUUAAGGAAAGACAAUUUUGAUGAUCACUUCUUAAUUUAGAUUUAUAGAGAUGUACAACAAAUGCAACAUUAUUUAUAUGAUUGAUGGUUCUAUUUGUUAAGAUGAAUAGUUGUUGAAUGAAUUUAUGUCAUAAGAGAAAGAGAAAUAACAUAAAAUAGAACAAGAAUAAUUAGAAAAAGAAGAAAAAGAAGAAAAAAAAUUAAUCCAUGAAAAACCAAAAGUUAAGUAAUCUCAAGAAAUUGACUUAGAUUUACCUAUAUAAGAGUCUGAUGAUAAAAAAAAAAAUGAAGUAGAGGAAGAAGAAAGAGAAAGUGGUGAAAUUGCUGGAGAUACUGUUUUAUAUUAUAUAUCCUAAAUGAGUUAUGUUUUAGUAGCCAUAGCUAUAUUAUUUUCAAUUGUUCUUAUGUUGAGUAGAAACUUAAUAGAUUUCUGGAUUAGGGCAUAAAUCAGUGUUGACAAUCAUACAUUUGAUUUUUUUGAUGAUUGGUUUGGAACUUCAUUUAAUAGUAAAUUUUCUUGGCUGAUUUCAAUUAUAGUUAUGAUUACAUUUGUAAGUGGAACUGUUAUGAAAAUCUGCAUCUUAUUGGGUGGUUGGAGAACAUUUAAACGUUUAAAUCAAAGUAUUAUGAAUUCGAAAAUGGUAUUCUUUGAUAAUAAUGCUUAAGGCAGAAUUAUCAAUAGAAUAUCCAAUGAUACAUUAAUUGUUGAUGAUGAACUUCCUUGGUAUGUUGAAGUACUUAUUAUGUCAUUACUUGCAUGCAUAGGUUAUCCUAUAGGAAUUAUCAUUCUAUUUCCUUGGCUCAUUGUUAUUAUUAUUAUUGAACUUUUUGCUUUUAGAUGGUUGUAGAAAUACUUUAGAAAAAGUAAUCGAGAUCUUAAAAGAAUUCAAUCAACCAAUGAAGGUAAAGUUAUUUCUCAUCUCACUGAAACUACUUCAGGUUUAAGAACUAUUAGAGCAUUUGAAAAGUAAACAUAUUUUAUUAGAGAAUACAUCUAUAAACUAACUGAAUCAAUUUGCUCCUUUGUUAAUAGUAGAAGAGUUAGUUACUGGUUAUCUGUCAGAUUACAUUUACUAAGCAACUUAAUUUUCUUAUCUGUUUCAAUCACAAUAAUUCUUAUGAUGCUCUUUUAAAUUGAAAUUGAUUAUGCUACUUGUGCUAUGACACUUACUUAUGCUGUUCUUAUAGCUAAUGAAUUCAAUGAUACAAUGAAUUGGUUUACUUAAAGUGAAGCUAAAAUGGUGUCAGUAGAGAGAAUUAGAUAAUAUUUUAAUAAUCCUUAAGAACAAUAUAAUAGUGUAGUUUAGUUAAAUCCCUAAGUCACAUAAAUUAUUAAAGUGCAAGUGCCACCUAAACCAUAAAAUGUUGAUCCUAAUUAAUAUGCAAUAGUGUUUAAUGAUGUUACAAUAACUUAUGAUAAUGUUUUACAAAAUCAAAAUGUCAAAUAUGCAUUAAAGAACUUUACUUUAUUUAUUAAAAAAGGUGAGAAAAUAGCCUUUGUAGGCAGAACAGGGUCCGGUAAAACUUCAAUCUAUAAUAUUUUAUUCAGAUUAUAUGAUUUCCAACAAGGACAAAUAUUCAUAAAUGGUCAUGAUGUAUUUUAUUUUAUUUAACAAAAUAUUAGAUCUAAAAGAUGUAAUUGAGAGAUGUGAGAUAAUUAUUAUCUAUAGUUCCUCAAUUUGGAUUCUUAUACAAUGCUACUUUGAGGGAUAAUAUUGAUCCAUAAGGGAUAUUAACUAAUGAAUAAAUUGAAUCAGCAUUUAAUAAUACAUAAUUUAGAAUUAGAGGUAUAAUGGAGGAUUCUACAAAAACAAAUAAUACAAGUUAAGAAGAUAUUUAGUAAUCUUCAACAAAUAUUAAUUUUAUGAUUGCUAAAUCAGGAGGGAAUCUAUCAAAUGGAGAGAAAUAAGUAAUAAAUUUUAUGAGAGUAAUCUUAUAAAAUAAAGACAUUGUUUGUUUAGAUGAGGCAACUUCAAAUAUGGAUCCAAAAACAGAUGAAGAAUUACAUAAGACAUUAUUUGAUUAUGUAUAGAGUAGUAAUAGAACAUUGCUUGUCAUUACUCAUAGACUUGAAAAUAUUUAAUAAUAUGAUAGAAUUGCAGUUUUGGAAAAAGGAGAGAUAGUCGAAUUAGGAACAUAUGAAGAACUUAUGUAAAUGAAUGGAUGGUUUGUUAGAUUGGUAAAUUAAAAUAAUGAAUGAAAAUAUAUAUUUCAACCAA